AUGUUAGGAUCAGGGCAAGCAAAAGAAUUCUUAAAAUACUUAAAUGAACUUGUUAACUCGGAAGAUUCAUAUUUUCCUGAUUAUGAAAGAUUCGUUUUAACUGUUACAGAUUUUCUCAAAUUCCUUUAUAUACCCAAAGUAAGAAUGAAAAUGUUUGCUCCUAUUUUGGAUAAAUUCAAGUAUUUCUUUGAUAUCGAACCAGAAAAUUCAAAUCACAUUGAAAACAUGAUUGUUGAAAACUUGUUCCGAAUUUGUAGAUGUGAAGAUUCAACUGUUGAUUUUGAUCAUGUAUUUCAUCAAAUUGUUAAAAGAGCAUGCGCAUAUCAAUUCACUGAUUUAGAAGCUAUGAGUAAAUUCUUGGAUUCAUUGGCUCCUGAGAUUACUUUUGAUUCUGAUAUGAUUAUUGGUCUUUUGUUACUUAAUGAUAUCGAUGCUGAUGAUUGCAUUGGAAAAAUGCUUGAUUGUUUACAUAUCCCAACAUUAUUUGUUAAUAUUAUUAAUGAUGUUAUUCAAAUUGAUUACGAUGGAUCAAAGUUUGCGAGAAUUAUUGCAAGAUUGAACAGUAAAAGACUAUCUCCAGAAUUUAUUAAAUACUCAGUUGAUGUUUUGGAAUCAAAAGCAGAAGAAUUAUAUAAGAAUGACUACAAUUUCUUGUUUUUCUUUAUGGCACUUGAUGAAUUACUUGGCAAAGACUGUUUCGAUGUAUUUAAACGAUAUUUAGUUCUUGAUUUUGGAGAUUUAACAAUGGAUAUGAUAUUAAAAAUCUAUAAUGAUCACAAUAUCAAUGAUAUAGAAUUGUACAAAUGUCUCUUUGAUACUUUCUCAAAAUUCUUCAUUACAAAACCUAGUGAAAUUUUUUCUGAAACACAAAGAGAAGACAUUUUGUACAAUUUAAGAGUAUCUUCGUAA